CGAGCUUUUUAGUAUAAGCUCACUAUGUCUCUUUCUCAGACGAAUUUGAGUUUCCUCAAUUCUUCAUUUCCCUCAUCGAGCCAUGACCUGCGAGUUCCUUGUUCGAGGUCGGUACUCUCUUAUCCUCGUAUCCAAACACACCGGAUUCUCUGUGCUGCGAAGCGAACCGGGAGGCGGAGAUACCCUUCUGAGAGGAAGAAGCUGAAGACAGAGCAGAAGGAAGCUGUGGCUAAGGUUAAGAACAAGCUCGAAGGAGUUUGGCGUCUCUCUAAGCUCGGUGUUCCUGUCGGAGAUGACCCUGGAAAGGAUUUUCUCGGAAUUUCAGAAGGUUUGCUUCAAGCUAUCGCUAAAGUUAUUGAGUUUCCGGUUGCUUCAAUGCUGCCUGAAGAAGCAUUUUCAGUGAUUAGGAAAUCUUUUGAUGCUAGGAAGAUUCUGAAAGAAGCCAAGUUUGUGUAUACUGUGGAUUUGGAUGUGAAGACGCUUCUUGAGUUAGAGCCUCGUGCUCAUGAUUUCAUUUUCCGGUUAGAGCCUAAGAUUGGGCUUAUUGAACAUGUGCCUACCGAGAAGAUUGUUUCGGGUGACUUAAUCAGUGUAGUGAAUGACUGUAAAAAGAGCAAUAGUGAGACAUCAUCCGGAGAAUAUGAACCUCAGAUUAUCAAUGGCUCUGGAAAUAUACACCAAAAUGGGGGAGGAAGAAGCAAACCGAAAAUCGCAGUUGUUGGUGGUGGUCCAUCUGGUUUGUUUGCAGCUCUUGUUCUUGCAGAGUUCGGUGCAGAUGUGACAUUGAUUGAAAGAGGGCAAGCAGUGGAAGAAAGAGGACGUGAUAUAGGCGCUUUGGUAGUUCGUAAGAUUUUGGAUAUGGAGAGUAAUUUCUGCUUUGGCGAGGGUGGUGCAGGUACUUGGAGUGAUGGAAAGCUUGUUACUCGAAUAGGAAAGAACAGUGCCACCGUCUUAGCGGUGUUGAAAACGUUGGUUCGCUUUGGGGCUCCUGAUAAUAUAUUGGUCAAUGGAAAGCCUCAUCUAGGAACAGAUAAGCUAGUUCCGUUACUCCGGAAUUUCAGACAUUAUCUUCAAAGUGCGGGAGUGACCAUCAAGUUUGGAACUCGGGUAGAUGAUCUUCUGGUAGAGGAUUCUCGUGUUGUUGGAGUCAGGGUUUCGGAUUCAGCAAACCAAUUGCAGAGUACCUCCCAAAAUUUAAAGUUUGAUGCAGUUGUUCUUGCAGUUGGUCACUCAGCACGUGACACAUAUGAGAUGCUUCAUUCUCGUAAUGUUGAACUGACCCCAAAAGAUUUUGCUGUUGGUUUGCGCGUUGAGCAUCCUCAGGAGCUAAUAAACCAUAUACAGUACUCGGAUAUGGCUAAUGAAGUUCUUAAAGGACGAGGUAAAGUACCAGUGGCGGAUUACAAGGUUGUUCAGUAUGUGAAUGAUAAGGAUGAGGAUCUCUCGCAGUCUUCAUCAAAACGUAGUUGUUACUCCUUCUGCAUGUGUCCUGGUGGUCAGGUUGUUCUCACCAGCACAAAUCCAGCCGAACUCUGCAUCAAUGGCAUGUCAUUUUCCCGCCGUUCAUCCAAAUGGGCCAAUGCUGCACUCGUCGUCACAGUCUCAGCAAAAGACUUUGAUCUUCUCAAUCUUAGCGGACCCUUAGCUGGAAUUGAGUUUCAGAAAGAGUUUGAAAGAAGAGCGGCUAUAAUGGGUGGUGGUGAUUUCACAGUUCCUGUACAAAGGGUUACUGAUUUUCUGCAAAACAAGUUAUCUGAAACACCUUUACCUCCAUCAAGCUAUAGAUUAGGAGUGAAGUCUGCAAAUCUACAUGAACUGUUUCCUGCUCAUAUCACAGAGGCGCUGAGACAGUCUAUCUCUAUGUUUGAAAAAGAGUUACCGGGAUUCAUCUCAGAGGAAGCACUCCUCCACGGCGUAGAGACAAGAACAAGCUCCCCCGUUCGGAUACCUCGAAGCAAUGAGACCUACGAGAGCACGAGUUUGAAAGGUCUAUAUCCAGUUGGUGAAGGAGCUGGUUAUGCGGGUGGCAUUGUAAGUGCUGCAGUGGAUGGUAUGUUUUCAGGUUUUGCUGUUGCCAAAAGCUUUGAUCUCUUUGAUGGAACUAUAGAGUCAGUUAUUGGAAAGGCUCAAGGUGCUGGACUUGUAAAGUACUGAUGAUGAUGAUGAUGAUGAGGAUGAUGAGGAUGAGGAUGGUGAAGAAGACUGUCAAAAACUUCCUUCAUCCCUAUGUUAUUUUUCUGCCCUUGUCGAGGUAAAAGAACAUCAAUGGGGGCUGCUUCGUCCUUGAAUCGGUUUUUGUUGUACCAAAGCUUAAGAAUUGAUACAAAAAUACAUGCUCAGAUCAGAAGUGAGAAUCAUCAGCAGCUAGAAGAAAUUUUGCCGUAGUUUUAGUUAAAUAAGCAAACUAGUGUAAAAUGUCAGUGACUGUUUGUUUACUCUUAUGAUAUCUUUUGAUCAGUAGUACAGUAUUAUGAUAUAUUUACUUCAUAAUUAUUUAUGGAA